AUGGGCGAAGGAUUGGAAAUUAGCGAUAGGAAUACGACUUUCAAUCUUAUUGGGCGCAAAGAUGCCACUCAUGUUUUUCAUAAUUGCGAGUGCUGCAGGCUUCCAAUCGUCACUUACGGCCGCAUGAUCCCCUGCAAACAUGUUUUCUGCUUCGAAUGCUCCUGUCAAUCGCGAAAAACUGGCGGUUCCUGUGCGCGCUGUAAUGACACUGUCCAAAGAAUCGAAAAAUGUCCCCGUGGAACCGUCUUCGUUUGCCGAAUUCCCAGCUGCAGAAGAACCUACCUUUCCCAUCGAGAUUUGACAGCUCAUAUUCGACACCGUCAUAAAAAAGUUGAAGCGCAAGCGAUGGGCCUACAAAUUAUGCCCACCGGAGCGCCGGGACAAGCUCCUGUCCAGCCUGCUGCAGCUCAACAGGGACCACCACCAACGAUGAAUCCAGGUUUCUCCGCUGGUGCCGUCCCAGGCGUGCUCCAUCACGGACAAGUGAAGCAGGAAUACCCGCCUCAAGUUAAGCAAGAAUAUGCUCACUCGGGCAUCAAGCAAGAAUACCCAACAACGCCCCAACGAGGCCCACCUCCUGGAAAUCGCCCGCCCCAUGGAAUGGAGCAAUACGGAGGAACUAAUCCAUCCCCUCAGCAGCAAAUGCGCCGUGGUCCUCCACCACCAUCUGGCGGUGCUGGGUCGCAAUGGGGCCGAUAA